ACCUGUACUUGUAUCUCUAAGUGUACGACGGUACGUAGUACACAGAUCAUAUUCUAACGUACUUUUCUUUCUUUCUGUAGAAGCAACAGCCGCCAUCUUUAUGAUGACAGAAAUGAGGUUAAAAGCUUUGCUGGUCACCAUGGUAUUAUGGAUGUGCGUUUUUGCAAAAGCAAUCAGAGGUGCAGACAAUAUCUGCACUUUUUGUUCUUGCACCACUGUCACCGGUAAGUCUGUAGUUGAAACAUUCGUGAAUGUCAAUUGUUCAAGGAAAAAUAUAGAAAUACCUCCUUCAGGAGCUUUGUGGCCGUCAAAAACUUUGAGCAUGGACUUGAGUUUCAACUCAAUUAAUGUUAUCAACGUUCUUGAAAAUAACAACUUCCUGAAAUACCUAAACUUGAGUUCGAAUAACAUCAGUCUGAUAGAAUAUCAAGCGUUUAACGAGCUUCCCGCUUUGCAGAAGUUAUGUUUGAAAAACAACUCACUGGGGGACCUUCAUCAGGACAUUUUCAAAAUGUUGAAUAACUUAGAAACACUGGAUCUGAGUUUCAAUAAGCUGAAGAGUCUACCAGAAUAUAUUUUUAAAGAACAAAAAAAACUAACUUAUUUGACCCUUGCAGGAAAUCCAUUCAGAAAUAUUCCGAGUGAUCUUCUAAGGCCACUAAAAUAUCUCGAAUAUCUUGACUUAUCUCUUACAGGAAAUUAUUUUCUGACGCCGGGAUUGUUUCACGAACUCACCUGGUUGAAAGUGGUAAAAUUAACAAAAAACGAAUUUCAAGAUGUACCAACAGUAGCAUUGAGAAGUGCUGAAGAGCUUGAGGAAAUUUACCUCGAUGAGAAUCCAAUCACAGAGCUUAAUUUAAAAUCAUUUACGGGUCUACAAAAAAUCCGAAUAAUAAGUUUAAGUAAUAUGCCAGUGUUAGGAUAUGUUGAUGAGCUAACUUUCUCUAAACUUCGACAUCUGGAGUUCCUAAACCUUCACUCCAAUCCACAACUUGAGGUUAUACAUGCCCUUGCCUUCAAAGGAAUCUUAGAUCCAAAGUCUAAUCAAAUGAGGCUGAAUAACGUCAAUUUAAGGAACAAUAGCCUAAAUACGUUAUAUGAGGAUGCUUUACCUUGGUGUAAACUGGAAACUUUGGAUCUUCGAGAUAACCCCUGGAAUUGUGAUUGCAAGCUGAAGUGGAUAAAAAAUUGCAACAUGAAGGAAGAACUCAAGGAUCUCUUACUGUGCCAUGCUCCUGAGAAUCUGCGAAGCAAUGUUAUUAUGACAGUUCCAGAAGAUCAGUUUAUAUGUCACUCCAAAGAGAGCCAUUGGAGAGAAAUGCACAAUAGAAUUGUUCGAAGCAUUAUCAUUGGAAUCAUCUGUGUGAUUUCUUUCAUUUUAGUUUUUGCCUCACUGACGUACUUCAAACGCGACAAGAUUAUGGAAUGGUGGCUAGCCAAACGUCGUGGAAGUGGUGCUGUAUAUUACGUCAAAGCUAAAUCUUUUCCUGAAGAUAUUUAAACAUGAUUUUGAUAUCCAUGCCGAAGAAACGUCAAUGUGAAUAUGAUUAACAAAUAUCAAAUAUAAUGUCACAGAAAUGAAGGUAUUCCGUCAUUUUUAGCAACUGGAAAUAACCUACAAUAACAGAUAACUAUUAUGUUUAUAUUACGUUUAGGAUUCUUUUUUUCUUUUUUUUAUAAUCACCCCACCCACAAAGAUAUAAACUCACCAUCCUCUUUUACAGUCUUAAAUGUUAUACCAAAAACCGCGGUCCUUUUCAUACAGAGGACUGUUUGAAAUACUGUAAUUUUGCCUUGCACGACAAUAGAAAUAUCGUCACUCAUUCGCCAAGUUAAUUUUUCGUUCUUUUAAAAACUGCACUUUGAUGUUAGCGCAAACAGUAACAAGUCCGUGAUUCUUGUAGAACACUUACGAAUAGGUUAAAACGUAAUUAUUAUCAGUGGAUAUAACUUAUAACUUAUUUGAGAAUAGCUUUUUGUCAUGCUUACAAAUAAUUUCCAGGCUCUUAUAACCGAAAGAAGCAGGGUCGAACUCUUCAAAAGUUUUUGAUAGUCGGCAACGUUUAACUGGCUCCCAUACCAUAAGACGGAAACUACAUUACUGACUAUCGGAUGGUCUUUAUUUCGGUACGAUCUCUGUCUCAGUUACGCGGAGAGCAAACUGAUACUAUGUCAAAAAUUAUAAAACACCUCAACCAGAAUAGAAAUUUAUACCCACAAGAUCUUUUUUUUUAAUAUUUUACCCAGCACCAUUAUAUUUAGUCGAGAAGUUCAAUUCUUAGCGCUUCAAGUUGAUCUGGCGAUUAAGGCGCUCGACUCACAAUAUGAUGGCAGCGUGUUUGAAUUCCCGUCACCAGCUCUGGGUGGUGUUAUUUUGUGACGGUCAAUCCCAUUGUUCGUUGGCUAAAGAGUAGCUGAAAAAUUGGCGAUGGGUGGUGUUGUCUAACUGCAUUC